GUGUGUAUCGAUCUUCAAUAUCCAUUUAUCGACUGAUCAUCAUCAUCAUCAUCAUCAUUGUCCCCUUCAAUCUUCAGCAAGUAAAUUAGAGCUUGGAAUUUGGGAUCGAUGGAGAUGGAUGAUCAGAGCUUAGGAGGAACGGUGUGGAAGGUGUGUUUGUUCAUUCUCGUCCAAGCCCUCGUUUAUCUCAUCCUCUCUCAGUCCUCCACCGUCUUCUCCACCACUCCCCGAUCUCACAGCUUCAAGCCUGCUCGCUCCCUCAGCAUCCGCCGCUGGGCCGCCGCUCUCGCAGAUAUCCCCGCCGGCGGCGACUCUUCGCCCUCU